AUGAAUACUAUUAUAAUAAUAAAAUCUGUUUGCCACCAAAUUUUUUCAUCAACAUUGAAUUCAGCAAUUAAGACCAAUUUGAAGGCACACGGUAAAAGUGCUGGAGAGAGCUUUUUGAUGAAUGGUUAUGCUCUUAAUACUGGCCAUGCUGCCCAAGGAAUGCCUCUCAAGGUUUCCCCUGCAAAAAUUGCUUGUCUUGAUUUCAAUCUUCAGAAGACAAAAAUGCAACUGGGUGUUCAAGUAUUAGUUUCUGAUCCCAAGGGACUUGAGAGAAUUCACCAAAGAGAGUCUGAUAUGACUAAGGAACGGAUUCAAAAAUUACUCAAAGCUGGCGCCAAUGUUGUUCUGACUACUAAAGGAAUUGAUGGCAUGGCACUUAAGUACUUUGCUGAGGCUGGGGCAAUUGCUGUGAGACGUGUGCGGAAAGAGGAUAUGCGACAUGUUGCCAAAGCAACUGGAGCAACACUGGUCUCAACAUUUUCUGAUAUGGAAGGAGAGGAAACUUUUGAACCGUCAUUUCUUGGAAGUGCAGAUGAGGUUGUUGAGGAGCGUAUUGCUGACGAUGCUGUAAUCAUGAUUAAAGGGACCAAGACUUCUGGUGCAGUCUCUUUGGUUCUCAGAGGUGCAAAUGACUAUAUGCUUGAUGAGAUGGAUAGAGCUCUGCAUGAUGCACUAUCAAUUGUCAAGAGAACGCUCGAGUCAAAUACAGUGGUUGCUGGUGGAGGUGCUGUUGAAUCGGCAUUGUCAGUUUAUUUGGAAUACCUUGCUACAACUUUAGGAUCACAGGAGCAGUUGGCUAUAGCAGAGUUUGCUGAGUCUCUGUUGAUCAUUCCAAAGGUGCUUGCUGUCAAUGCUGCUAAGGAUGCCACAGAUCUGGUUGCAAAGUUACGGGCCUACCACCAUACUGCACAAACUAGAGCAGAUAAGAAGCAUUUAUCAAACAUGGGUUUGGAUCUUUCAGAAGGGAAGAUUAGAAACAACUUGGAAGCUGGAGUCAUCGAGCCUGCUACUGAACAAAUCAUGUUUCAGUCAUAA